AUGUGCGAGGUGCCACACAAUAAUCAUUACCAGAACGACAUUAAGAUUAGUUUGCAACUAACUCGCAACAUUUUAUCCUUAAUUGGUGUUUGGCCAAAUUUCCGUGGACAAAAGUCCGCUUGCGAGAAAAUUAGCAAGUUCCUGCGAAUUUCUGUCUCAUAUACUCUCCUUUAUUUCGCCCUGGUACCCGGUGCGCUUUAUUGGAUAUUUGAAAAGAGAACUCGCGUUCGACUUCGUUUGACUACAAUUAUGCUCUACGGUUUCAUGACUUUAAUCAAAUAUUAUAGUUUGAUAAAUCAUGAAGAUCAAAUCAGACGUUGUGUAAAGUUCCUCGAAGAGGAUUGGAAGAAGGUUGACAACUCGGGCGCACGGAACGCGAUGUUAGAAUUUGCUAGGAUCGGAAAACGUUUGGCUAUGAUUAGCGCGGUCUUUUUAUACAGCAGUGGACUUGCGUUUCGAACAUUGAUACCUUUGUCGAAAGGGAAGAUCGUAACCCCACAAAACAUUACCAUCAGACCUUUACCCUAUCCAACAUAUUUCUUUUCAUUCGAUGUACAAUCCAGUCCGAUCUAUGAGAUAGUGUUUGCGAUGCACUUUUUAUGUGGAGUAGUCACUAUUUCGAUCGCGACUAGUAUAUAUGGUCUCCUCAUCGUCUUCGUAAUGCAUGCUUGCGGCCAGUUGGAAAUUUUAGUAAAUUUACUAAAAAAUCUCGUUAAAACGGAACAACAAGACGGAUUAGAGGUGAAUAAGAAACUAGGUGUUAUUGUAGAGCAUCAAAUACGAAUACGCAGCUUUCUGCAGCUGGUGGAGCGUACUGUUCAUUUUAUGAUGUUUAUAGAGAUAAUAGGGGGUACAAUAAUAAUUUGUGUUGUGUCUUAUUGCAUAUUAAUGGAAUGGGAAAAUAGUAAUUCAAUAGCAAUGACCUCUUAUUUUAUUUCAUUUUUUGCUGCGGUAAUAAAUGCGUUCCUAUUCUGUUAUACGGGCGAGCAGCUUAUUACGCAGACGGAGAAGGUAGCCAUCACAUCUUGCGAACUCGAGUGGUAUCGUCUUCCGGAUAAGAAGGCACGUGGAAUCGUUUUAGUGAUGAUUAUGUCUAAUAUGCCGAUGCAAAUUACUGCUGGUAAAAUCUUCGUCCUAUCAUUCAAGACAUUUGGCGAUAUUCUUAAAACAGCUGUGACUUAUUUUAAUAUGCUUCGAACUGUAACGAACUGAAUCCGCUUUUGUGACUGAGAAUCUAACGGACAUAAAUGCAAGAUAUGCAAUGGUAAUAUCACAUUAAUCAAUCAACAUUACAUUUCACCAAUAUCUAUGAUGCACUUCCACUUUUCUUACCAAAAUGAUCGUGAUAAGCCACUGAAAUUCUGUGAAUUUUUGGAAAAAUAAAACCAAAAAUAAAAAUGUAAAUCUGCCAUUUUUUGGAUAAGUGUUUGUAGUCGACUAUUAAAUUAAAUACCAGAUUUAUUGAUGUCGAGUAAAUUAUUAGUUACUGCAAUGUGAAACUCCACGAGGUAUAAGAGGUAUGAUUAUUUAAAAGUUACUUCGGAUAUAUAUAGAACGUCUCUUUCAGUUUUUCCCUUUGUAUUAAAAUUUCUUGUCUGUUAGAAAGUCA